AUGGCGAGCGCCCCGCGUGUUGCCACUUUCGUACUCGUCUUGGCCUCUAUUUUUGCCAUUUCAUUGGGUACUCCUCAAGGUGAAGGCGCACGAAAGUCAUACAUUGUUCAUGUGGUCAAGUCCGCGAAACCCAGCCAUUUUACAUCACACCACAAGUGGUAUGCUUCCAUGCUUCGCCAGGUCUCGCAAUCAGUCCCACAUGCAACAGAGUUGUUAUAUACGUAUGAUACUGUCUUGCAUGGCUUUGCUGCGAUGCUGAGCAGCGCAGAGGCUGAAGACAUGGAGAAUCUUGAAGGAAUGAAAAAUAAUAAAAUAACAGAAACAAAUAGCUCAACGCUGAGUAUAGCAAAUAGCAGUAAACGGUGGCAGGAGAAAUUAUUCCUUCCAACAACUCUGAACGGGUGCUUAGCUAUAAUUCCGUCCUCUGGAAUCUUGUGGAAUUACUCUACUUAUGGCGAAGGUAUCAUCGUGGACGUGAUUGACACAGGCAUAUGGCCUGAAAGCAAAAGCUUCAGUGAUGCAGGCCUUGGACCCAUUCCCGCUAGGUGGAAAGGCAUUUGUGAAGUUGGGCAGAAGUUCAAUUCUUCCAACUGCAAUAAGGAAAUCAUUGGUGCUCGAAACUACUUCAAAGGCUACGAAAAGAAUUACAAUACUGGCAUUGAUCCAGUCUCGGAAUACAAAUCUCCUCGAGACAGUGGUGAGCAUGGGACACAUGUAGCUUCGAUUGUUGCGGGAGCUCCGGUGGAUGUUUCCAGUUGGUUUGGGAAUGUAAAGGUCAGAGGGAUGGCCCCUCAAGCCAGGCUUACCAUCUACAAAGCCUGCUGGAAAGACGGUUGCACCGACGCGGACAUAACUGCUGCGAUAGAUCAAGCUAUUGCUAAUGGCGUCGACAUCAUUUCAAUCUCAAUCAGUUCAAAAGAUGUGCCCUUUUACAAGAGCACAAGAGCCAUUGUAGUAUUCGGGGCCAUAAAAAAUGGUACUCUUGUUUCUGCCUCCGGAGGAAACUCAGGACCAUUUCAUCUAAUCCGAGUAACAUAUUGCCAUGGUUUACGACUGUAG